UGAAUAUUAUGCUCUCAAGAACAGUUUCGAUAAAGAUGAACAACGGAAGACAGCCACGACCAGAGUGCGUGAGAUGGACGACGUUGAUGGUGAUGACAAUCGUCAUCUUCGUUGUCGACGGGCUUUCUGUGGAAGUCGCACGAAAAUCAGGCGAAAAGGAGCCGAAAGACGUUGUCCAGGAUCAGAUUACUUAUGACGGCGAUCAAGUAUGGAGAGUAUACAAACCCGAAGUGAAUAGCAGCGAAGCGAACGAGCUGUUGCAAAGUUACGAGGAGGACGGUUCUCAAAAUGGAUUUCGGUACUCGAUAUGGUCGAACAAUGCGUCAAUCACCGAUAUUAUGGUAAAAAGUUGCAUGCUCAAGCACGUGGGAAAUGUGCUCAGAAACGCUGGACUGGAAUACGACAUAUUGAUCAAUGAUGUGCAACAAGCAAUUAAGGAUGAAAACCCUUCGCUCUCGCCGGAUGUUCAGGAGGAGCUCGAAGGACGCAAAGGUCACAGAAUGGAAUGGACUAGUUAUCAUCGCCUGGAAGAUAUUUACGGUUUCCUGGAUUACCUCGCGGAGACUUAUCCCGAUCUUUGUUCCGUCAUGACUAUCGGUCAUUCCAUCGAAGGUCGCCCGCUGAAGGUUUUAAGGAUCAGUAAUGGCAAGCCGAACGCGCCGGCGAUCUGGAUCGAUGGCGGGAUUCACGCCCGUGAAUGGAUUUCACCCGCAUCAGUCACUUAUAUAAUCGAUUAUUUGGUGGAGAAUAACGAGAACCUGGAUGUGGACUACUAUAUAUUGCCGGUGGCCAAUCCGGACGGAUACGAGUAUACUUUCGUCACCGAUCGUCUCUGGAGGAAGAACAGAAGGAAGGCCGGUUAUUGCUCAGGCGUUGACUUGAAUCGGAAUUUCGGUUAUCGUUGGGGCGGAAAGGGCACGAGCAAGGACGUGUGCCGUGAAAUAUACUCGGGCGCCGCACCCUUUUCCGAGCCAGAAACCGAUGCUAUCCGGAACUUCUUCGAGGCUAGCUCGGCGAAUUUCAAGGCGUAUUUGAGCUAUCAUUCUUAUGGGCAAUACAUUUUGUACCCGUGGGGCUACGAUCAGCGUGUACCGCCGGAUUAUGCUGACCUUGACACAAUCGGUCGCAAAGCAGCAACAGCCAUGAAAAUGGCAGGAGGUGCUGGAAGUGUGUAUACCGUUGGAAACAGCGCUUCGUUGCUGUACGCGGCUAGCGGAGGCUCAGACGACUGGGCGAAAGCUUUGCUCAAAAUCAAGUAUACGUACACUAUUGAAUUGAGAGACACCGGCAAACACGGUUUUAUUUUGCCAGCGCGUUAUAUUAUUCCUACUGCCAAAGAAGCGCUCGCCGCGGUGGAAGUAAUUACGGAAGCUUGCAAGAAGUUGUAGCUGUUAGUCGAUCCACGACUGAAGAAAAAUUCGACUGAAGAAAAUUCGAGCAAUUCUUAUUUUACUUAAAAUUAUAUCCGCUAGGAGAUUUAUUGCGCGAGUGUAUUUAUGGAUCAAAUUACUGGAGGACAUGCAUUGUCUUGAAAAAUCAAAAUCUCAAAAUUCGAAAACUGGGACAAUUUCCCGAAAAAUCAUAAUACCGAAAUCCAAAGUAUUAUUAUUAUUAUCAUUUAUAUACUCCCGUAAUAUAAUAACAAUUUGGAUACCAAAACACAAAUAUAAUUUCCUCGAAGUAUACAAUUGUUCAGAGAGGAAUUCUUUUUUAAAUUACGAUACGUCUUUUUUUGAGACAAUGUAUGUCCACAAAAUUGCUUUGUAUGUAAGGCACAUCAAAUAUUUCGUGAGCAACUGUAAAACGAUAUAUCAUAUAAGUUUGUCGACUUCUAUUUAAUAUCAACAGUGCCGUAUGAUCUUAGUUAUUUUUCAAGAAGUUGUUUCUUCGCUGCGAUUAUUUAUCUUUAUUGUUGUUAGUUGGCCGAAUUCCAGAAUGGCGUUUAUUUCGCCAUUAUCUCAACGUUUAUACGAUCGUAUGUGUUAAAACAUAUAUUGUAUCAUAUCAGCGAAGUCGCCGAGUCAUCUAAUUAUUUUAUAAAUAAUGCUUGCCACGACUCCAAUAGCUUUGGCGACAUAAUUCAACAAUUUCUUUUAUUUUUUACUGUAAUAUAUCCACGUAUAUAUAAUCAACUGUCCUUGACAGCAAUAUGUGCGUGACUUUAUUAUUUAUGAAAUAAAAUCAUCAUAUCGUAAAUAUUAA